GGGAUUAUCAAUAUAAUUAUGCAGGUGGUCCAAGAACUAACUUUCCAUCAUUGAGUAAAUUGGAGUUUAAGUUUCUCCCAAAGUUGACACAAAUCUACAAUGGUCAUUUAGAAUUCCCAAGUCUAAAAUCUUUGAUGAUAGAAACAUGUCCAUUAUUGACAAAACUCACGACCGGAUUUGCAGAUUCACAUGAAAUGUUUACAACUGAUGGGGAGUCUUUUUUUGAAUUGAAUGAGAUUGUGUUUGACAGUUAUGACAACAUGGUUUGUGUCAUCUCCUCUAAGACAUUACAAGAGUUGAUGAACUUGAAGAAACUCUUUGUCAGUCAUUGUAAGGAAUUAAAAAUCAUAUUCAACAUUCAUGAAGAAAUACCUUAUUCCACACAACUUCUACAACAACUAUCUGAACUAGCUUUGAUUCAUCUUCCAAAGUUAACUUGCAUUGUCAACAAACAAAUUUCCAAGUUUUAUCAAAAUCUGAAAAUUCUACGAGUGAAGCAAUGUAAGUCUCUUCAUUCGUUACAAGUGCCAUUAAAACUAACAAAUCUGGAAAUUUCUGAUUGUGAGACAUUAAAGAACAUUAUUUUGAUUAAAGAAGAAGAAGAAAAAAGGAGAGAGAAACUCACAUUUCAUGAAUUGAAGGAUAUAUCUCUUGAAAACCUAUCAAAGCUCUUUGUUCUCUUUCCCUAUACAUCUGAAUUUCCAUCCUUACAAACAUUAAAAAUAGCAAAUUGUUCUGCUUUGAGAUCGUUUGUUGAAGAUCCCAAAUCUCUUACAGAAUCAUCUACGACAAAUUAUUUCUUUCCAAGUUCACUUUUAGUGGAAAAAUUAAAGGAACUUCAUAUUAUAAAUAUGGAUGUAGAGAAGCUUUGGCAUUCCAAUUAUCUAUCUGAGUCAUUUUGUGAACUUGAAGAUCUAAGUUUGACCAACAACAACAAAUUGUUGAGUGCUAUAUCUUUUGGUGUGAUCUUGAAAUUCAAGAAUUUGAAAAAAAUUACUUUGGACAAAUGUGAAAUAUUGGCAGAGGUAUUUGAUCUUGAAGAUGACAAUCUUGACCAUAACACUCCUGAAAUACUUCCUCGACUAGAGGUCUUAUCAUUGAUUAACUUAAUCAAAUUGAAGUAUGUCUGGAAUANGGAACCUCAGGUUUCAUUUUUUCCAAAUUUGGUGUCACUUUACAUUGUCCAUUGUCAUAGCCUUCAAAGUUUAUUCUCACUUUCUUCCAUCAAAAAUCUUAGAAAACUCAAGAUACUCAAAUUGUGUAAAUGUGAUAAAAUGGAAGAGGUCAUGUCUAAUGAUAUAUUUGAAGAUGGAAAUGUUUCUGUCAUUUUUCCUGAACUACAAUAUCUUGUAUUGAAGGAUCUUCCAAUGUUGCUAAGAUUUUACAGGCAAAGUAAAAUUAUAUAUUGGCCUAAGUUGAACACAGUAAGAGUAAGGAAUAUUCCAAAAAUGGAAACAUUUUCAACAGGCAUCCUCGUCACACCAUUUUUAAGAUCAAUUUAUGUAACAUAUACUAAAAAACUCUGGUUCGGAAGCUUGAAUAACACCAUAUCCUAUAUGAACAACAAUCCAGGAAGUGUCUAGGUGAUCCUGGCAUCAAGGGCAACCUCUUCAAUCAAUCAAUUUGUUGAAUCGAGCAAGUUUUCUAGAAGUUCCUUGUACCACAAGUGAUCGACGGAGUGUUUAGAGGAGUUAAAGUUGUGUAUCGUCGGUGUAAGGUAAGGGAAGCUAGAAUCUUUAUUUUAAAAUUUUGAUUUUUGUUGAAAGAAGUGUGUUUUGUAUGUGUUGUGAUUUAUGUGUAAGAAUGAAGAUGUUGAGAAAGUGAGAAUCUAAUCGUACUUUGAUGAUAAUGAUCUAAAUGAUGUUUUGUGUAAUGAUGAAUGAUAUAGAACAUGUUAAAUCUGUUUGUAUGUGUUAAUGACUUGUAAAUUAGUGUUUGUGAAGUUAGUAUGAUGAUUGAAUUGGGGGAAAGAAAUGGUUGAUGUUGAUUGUAAGUCAUUUUGUCUAAAAAUGGGGUUUUGGCUAAGGAAAUUAUGAGAGAAGUGUUGUAAACUGAG